AUGGGUCAUACAGCCUUUGAAUAUUUUCAAUUGUUGGAUGGCCUCAACAGGGUGGAAUCCUUGUGCGUGAUGGGAAAUACGUUAUUUGUAGCAACUACGGACGGAACUCUCUCCUUGUACAAUUUACAAUAUGAUAAAAAGGCUGGAAGCAAGGAACGAUUUACAUGUACAUCAUUCAGCAAAAAAACACAAUUCAGUAAGAGACCAAUCACACAAAUGUGUUCCGUACCAGAGUUGGGUAUUUUGAUUUGUCUCACAGAUGGAUUUAUCAAGUUAUAUACAUUGAGUAUGUUGAGAGAAAUUGAUACUCUUAAAAAUCAAAAGCAAAACCAACUGAAGGGAUGCAUGUUUUUUGCCUUGAAAAAACACAAUGGAGAAUUCACAAUGGCAGUUGCAUCCAAGAAAAAGAUUACAAUUUUACAAUACGGAAGCAAGGAGUCCACAUUUAAAUAUCAACAAGAAUUGGUAUUGCCUGAUGCUGCCAAAUCGAUAAAUUGGAGCGGAGACAAACUUUGUGUUGGAUUUAAGAAGGAAUACUCUCUCAUUGACACUCAAAAAUCAGGAAGCAUGCCACAAAAAUUAUUCGACACUGGAGUAUCUCAACAAACAACACUCGGUCUCUCGCUACCCAAUGAAACCAUUGUGGUCGUGAGCAAUAUUGGAGUGACACUUAAUUUCUCGGGAAAACCCACUCGCUCACACGGAAUUGGGUGGAGUGAAUUUCCCAACAUGAUUGCCUAUUUGAAACCUUAUCUCAUUACACCACUGUCAGUUUUUGUUGAAAUUCGAAUUUUGAGCUCAACCAUCAAGAAAGAGACUUUUAUUCAAAGUUUGCCCUUGAGAGAUAUUGUGGCCACAAGUCAGCAAAAUUUCAUUGAUUUAGAUCAACCAGAUAACAUGGAUCAAGGAAUGGGUGUGGGAUUCAAACUGAGAACAGAACUCGAUCGUGAUGACACCAUUGAUCCUGAAAAUCGAGUAUUUCUUGCAUCGAGAAGUGGUAUUUAUGUUCUCGUGAUGAAACAAUUCGAUUUACAAGCCGAAGAGUUGUUAUCGAAUCAACAAUAUGAGCUAGCACUUCACUUGUGUGAAACUGUAGAACAUACAAGAUACAAAAUCGAGGACUGGAGAGUCAGUUCCAUUCACACUCAAUAUGGUUUUCAUCUUUUCGCGAAGGGCGAAUUUGACAAAGCCAUGGAACAUUUUGACAAGACCAAAGACGAUCCUCGUAUGAUCAUUUCACUCUUCCCUGAUUUAUUGCCUCCCAAAUCUUCAUUCAAAGUCUCUCUGCCGUACAGUGUGCAAGAACAAGCAAAAAUUGACCAAUAUCUUAAAGACAUUGAACAACGAAAUAAGGCUCUUCAAGCUCUUAUUCAAUAUCUCCUUCAUAGAAGAACACCUGCUGAUAAAGAGCUCAAUGAGCAAGCCCAAGAUGAAGCAGAGGCAGUAGAUACUGCACUCCUGAAGGCUCUACUCUACACCAAUGACCCGCAUGUGGAGGAUUUCCUCUCAUCUCCCAAUCGUUGUAAUAUUUUUGACAGUCAGAAAACACUUCACUCUCAUCAAAAAUUUAGAGAGCUUGUCAUUUUCUACAAGACCAAGGGGCUUCAUGAAAGAGCUCUCGAGCUGUUAAAAUUGCUUGGCGACAAGUCAUCAUCUUCAACAGCAUUUUAUACGGAUUUGAUGGGAGUCAUGCCAACUGUCAAUUAUCUACGAGAUCUUCAACAGGCAGGAGAGGGUAAGCAAUAUAUCAUGGAAUUCAGUAAGUGGGUCUUACAAGCAGAACCACUGAGAGGUUUAAAGAUUUUCCAAGUACCAAAUUGUCCAUUCAACGUCAAUGAAGUCGUUUCACAUUUGGAAUUAUUCGACCAUGCCUUGGCAAUGAAAAUUGCAUACCUGGAACACUUGAUUAAGGUUGAAAAAUCGACAGAUCCAAACCUUCACAAUCAACUCUUACUUCUCUAUUUGGAAUAUGUCAGCAAAUAUUCUUCUCCAAAAUCCAGCUAUGAAGAAGAUAAUACCAAAGGACUACUUUUCACUUGCAAAGAUAUCAAACAUAGAAUGAAUGAUUUCCUUUCACACUCACAAUAUUAUCAUCCUGAAAAGAUGCUUUCGCGGUUUCCUUUCGACUCUCUGUAUGAAGAGAGGGCCAUUUUACUCAGCAGAAUUAACAGACAUUCACAAGCAUUGACCAUUUAUGUCACAAAAUUGGAAAGUAUUGAGAAAGCAGAAAAGUACUGCAUGGAUCACUAUAAUCCAGACGGUACCGAAGAGAGUAGAGAGAUUUUCUUAAUUCUUCUCAAAAUGAUUUUGCAACAAAGUGGCACCAAUACUGAUAGCAACAACAUGUUCUUUGAAGACGCCAUAGGAUUAAUGGAAAGACACUUUUCUAAAAUUGAUCUCAUUAAGGCACUCAAAUUAAUGCCCGAGAAUGUUCCAGUAAUUGAAUUAAUGAGAUACUUUGAAGCUGUCAUGAGAUCACACACGGAGCAAAAGAGAAAGGUACAAAUUAUGAAGAAUAUUAGUCGGUCAGAAAAUUUGCAAGUUCAAGAACAGGUGAUUGGCGAAAGAAAACGACUUGUAAAGAUCAAAUCAGACAGAAUUUGUCCAGUCUGCAAGAAGAGAAUUGGUAUGAGCGCUUUUGUGUGUUAUCCAAAUGGUAUUGUCACACAUUACAUUUGUUCCAAGAAUCCAAAUAUUUGCCCAGUGACUGGUCAAAACUUUUUGAAAUUGUAA